AUGAAAGGGGUGGGCAGGAAAAAGCUCUGAUGUCAUAUAUGUACACAAGGUCUUCACAUUGGUGGAGUUGUCUUUUAAACUGUGCACAGAAUAGAGGGAAGAAGAAUGGAUUAAAUAACUGGAAGACAGCGAUUAAUGACCAAAUGUGAUCAAAUAAGGUUUACACCAGAAAUUCUCUGAAAAGGAAUACACGGAGAUACUACUAUGGCUCAGAACGGCUGUGAGCACAGUGAAAGGGUGCUGACGAUGGACACGAUGAACCCUAACGUUAAACGCGUAGAAUACGCUGUACGGGGUCCCAUAGUGCAGAGGGCAGUUCAGAUCGAAAGGGAACUCAAUAUGGGAAUAAAAAAGCCGUUCACAGAGGUCAUUAAAGCCAACAUCGGUGACUGCCAUGCUAUGGGCCAGAAACCCAUCACCUUUUUCAGACAGGUCUUGGCAUUGUGCUCUUAUCCAGAUCUUCUAGAAGACAGCAAAUUUCCAGAAGAUGCCAAAAGUAGAGCUCGCCGCAUUCUCCAAGCGUGUGGUGGUGGAAGUCUCGGUGCUUACAGUAUUAGUCAGGGAAUUGAAAUGAUUCGGCAGGACGUCGCACGCUACAUUGAACGGCGAGAUGGAGGAAUCACAUGUGACCCUGACAACAUUUAUUUAUCCACAGGAGCCAGUGAUGGGAUUGUGACAAUGCUUAAGCUGCUGGUGUCAGGAGAAGGAGUGUCUCGUACAGGAGUGAUGAUAUCCAUCCCUCAGUACCCACUGUACUCCGCUGCUCUGGCCGAUUUGGGUGCAGUACAAAUCAGUUAUUAUCUGGAUGAAGACAACUGCUGGAGUUUGGACAUCAAUGAGUUACGACGCGCCCUGCAGGAAGCAAAGAAGCACUGCAGCCCUCAAGCACUGUGUAUUAUCAAUCCUGGCAACCCCACAGGUCAAGUGCAAAGCCGGCAAUGCAUUGAGGACGUUAUCCGAUUUGCUGCAGCAGAAAAACUUUUUCUUAUGGCUGAUGAGGUCUAUCAAGACAAUGUUUACGCGGAAGGGAGUAAAUUUCACUCCUUUAAGAAGGUGCUGUUUGAAAUGGGUCCAGAAUACUCUGAGAAAGUGGAACUUGCUUCGUUUCAUUCAACGUCAAAGUGCUACAUGGGAGAGUGUGGUUUUCGUGGUGGUUAUAUGGAGGUUAUAAAUCUAGAUCCUGAGGUGAAAUUUCAACUUACUAAGCUGGUGUCAGUGCGGCUGUGUCCUCCAGUGCCUGGACAGGCUCUUCUAGAUGUGGUGGUCAAUCCACCCCAACCAGAUGAACCCUCAUAUGACACAUUUAUCAAGGAGCGUACAGACACUUUGGCCACACUGGCAGAGAAAGCCAGCAUGACACAAGAAAUCUUGAAUCAGGUCCCAGGAAUAAAAUGUAACCCAGUGCAGGGUGCAAUGUACACUUUCCCACGUAUCCACCUCCCACAAAAAGCCAUCCUGGAGGCCAAGGAGAAGGGACAAGCUCCAGAUAUGUUUUACUGUAUGAAGCUUCUGGAAGAAAAAGGCAUCUGUUUGGUUCCUGGCAGUGGCUUUGGGCAGCGAGAUGGCACCUACCAUUUCAGAAUGACCAUCCUUCCUCCAGUAGAGAAACUGAAGAUAGUUUUGGCAAAGAUUAAGGAGUUUCACCAGCAUUUUGUGGAGCAGUACUCUUAACCCUGGCCAUCCACUGACACAUAAAGCUACAGCACUCUUGAGAUGUGCUCUGGAUAAAUGCCUGCUGCAGUGCAAAUGAAGUACUGUCUCGCAGCUCACAAAGUGCGAGAUGAACACAGGCAUGCUGACAGUACACAACCCCACUGUGAGUGUAAUCACAGGCUUCCAUUAAAGACAGUGUCAAAGUUGUUCAUGUCUAUUAAUGAUUCUGUUAUUUAUUAUUGUUUUUGUAUGUUCACUGUAUGAUUCAUUCUGUUACUAACAUUGCAGUGUAGAGAAAGUUAACAUUGUAAAUUUCAAAAAAGACAAUCUGUUAGCCUUAUUUAUUUACAAUUGAUUCAUUUAUAUGAGUAAAGAUACUGAAAUGAAAUAUUCUACAUGACAUUAAAUACAUUUCAAAAAAUAUUUUUGUGCAUGGUUUAUCCCAAGUUAAAGUCAGUCACACAAAGUGUGAGUAUGAUGGUGCAUUCGUAUAGCCGGUACUUAUCAAUACACAUUGCCAAUAGCUCUGGCAGGAAGGAUACUUGCGUACUACUCUCUGCUGACUCGGCUCUAGAAAGGGAAUGAACUUUGAAACAAAGCCAUAAAAUAAAAAUCAACUAAAUUUAACAACAGUGACCAAAAAAAAGUUUUAUUCUGGAAGUUUAUUUAAUCUCUUUUAGCAAUAUACACAAAUAAGCACCUCAAACAACAUAAAAUGACCAAGUGAUUCAACAAUACUUAAUAUAACCUUCC